ACGGACCCUUUUUGUUGAUGGACCAAGGAUACAGGAACCCGCUCGGCUCGUAGAUGGGCUCUAGUACGCCGGUAAAUACCGUUGUGAUGUGCGUAUGUCCAUGUCCCUGCAUCUGGCAGUGAUGGAAGGUUUGGAAGUUGAGGAUAUCAGCCCUGCCCUGGAGGCCACCGAAGACUUCCUGGAGGGUAGUCCGGGAGACGACCAGCUCCAGCCACAUAUGUUACAAGAGGUGUCUGUACUGUGCAAACUGAGUGGGAUGUGGGACCGACGGGCUUGGCAGCACCAAGACGCUUUAAAAAGCUGGGUCUGGACUGAACAGUCCCCCCACAGUAUCUUGGGCUAUAGGCAUGGCAAGAGGUGUCGAGCCCAGUCGACCAAUGACCUUGCUGUUCAAAGCGCUGCUUGUAAUAAUGGGGGCUUUAAGCGGGGGCACAACCGAUCCCACUCAGACAUGAACUACACCACCUGCACAGAUAAUGGCUUGCCAGCGCUUGACAGGAAUGUGUUGAAGAACGCGGCCUACAGUGCCAAAGGGGAAGCACAUCCAGAAUGGCCUUCCAGUUUGGUUAAACAGGGGGAGCUGGACCAGAGGGAGGGUCCGAGGGGCCACUGGACUUCCUGUCACGUGGAACUUACCAACUGUGAACUGCGCUUGUACAGCCUAGACAGUAGUGGCAACAGGCAGCUCUGCACUGCGUUCUCGCUCUCUCACUGCCAGGCAGUUGGUCCUUUGCAAGGCCAAGAUGGACAUGUGCUUGAGGCGCUCUUUUUUAACAGUACUCGCCUGCAGCUUCGUGCCUCUUGCCAAUGGGAGGCACAAGACUGGAGCCGGUUGUUGUGGGAGUGUGUAAUGGCCACCCGACCACAUAAAGACCUGGCCUCUUCCAGUAGAACUGCCUUUGAAGCGUCUGCUUCAGCCACAUUUGUGACACAGUUCCCUACUACCAAGCGCCCUACCACCUUGCCUCUGUUCACAGAACAUUGCACCAGUGUCCUCAAGGUAGGCCAGUUACAACAACUCAGUGACCUUAACAACUGGAGAGCUUUUAACUUUGUGCUCACACAUACCCAUCUGCAAGCUUUCCCAACUGAGGAUAAAAAUUGUGUGUCUGAACCAGUGCUCCAAUAUCCUCUUGCGUCCUGCCUUGCUGUGCAGCAUGACGCAUCUGAGGAAGGUGGUUGUGAACGCUUCCAGGCAGUCUUUGCAGAUGAGGUACUCUGUCUGCAGGCAGCCAAUGAGCCAAAGGCGCAGGGUUGGGUGGAGGCCCUGCGUUCUGCAGUAGCUGCACAGAGGACACAGGGCUCCUGGGGAGAGGAUAGCAGGCCUGCUCUUCCGACCGAGACUCAAGAGGGGCUCCAUGGAGAUGUUCAGGAAGCCAAUCACCAGUCAGACACCGCCAGCUUCCUAAGCAUCCUUACCUGUUUGGCUGUGGAGAAGGGCCUGACUGCCCAGAACUUCAGGUGUGCAGGCUGUCAAAGACCAGUGGGGUUAUCAGAAGAAAAAGCCAAGGUUUGCUGCUAUAGUGGACGGUAUUACUGCCAAAACUGUCACCAGGACAACUUGUUCAUAAUACCUGCACGAUUGCUUCACAACUGGGACACAAACAGAUACAAGGUGUCCAAGCAGGCUAAGGAGUUCCUGGAGUUUGUGUAUGAGGAGCCCCUGGUAGACAUCCAGCUGCUGAACCCCUGUCUGUACCAGCACUGUGAGCCACUGGCCAACGUGCUGACGCUCCGGCAGAGACUGCAGUCACUGCGUGCCUACCUGUUCAGCUGCUGCGCUGCCAUCGCUGAGGACCUCCGCCGCAGAAUCUUCCCAAGGGAGUACCUCCUUCAGCACAUCCACCUGUACUCAAUGGCAGACCUCCAGCAGGUCAUCGAUGGGAAGCUAGCCCCCUUUCUGUUGAAAGUGAUCAAGUUUGCCAGCUCACAUGUGUACAGCUGCAGCCAGUGCAGUGAAAAGGGCUUCAUCUGUGAGCUCUGCCAGAACAGCCAGGUCAUCUACCCCUUCCAAGACAGUGCCUCCAAGAGAUGCGAGGGCUGUGGUGCUGUCUUCCAUGCUGAGUGCUGUCUACGAGGGCAGCCAUGCCCACGCUGUGUGCAACGGGAGCUGCAUAAAAAACAGGCAUCUUUCUGGAGGCGGCUGGAGACUGAUGACAGUCCCAACAACAGUGCCCUCGGCUACUUUGAGUUGGGCAGCUGAGGUCCGCCGUUUCGAGAGGUCAAGAAGCAAACAGAAUGAAGUCUCGUUCAAACCAGAGCCACUGAAGAGGCAAAGUAAACUUAAAGACAUUUGGUUUCUGAAUAAGAAUGGAGGCACACAGAGCAAGGGAAUCCACAGCAAGAGAGUAGCAUGAUGGCCAUACUAUACUAUAGACAAAUGGUUCUUGCUGUUAUUCUCACAAAAAUGCCAAUACAUAUUUAUGAUGGACUCCUUUUUACACUCGACUAAAAGGAAAAGCCUAAAGAUUACUCAAUUGAACAAUUGUUAAUGUUAUGUUUGGACUUCAGUUAUGGCAGACUGCACAGAUGGGGUUUCAGAAUCCAUUGACUUUUCUUUAGAAAUAAAACCUUAAUCACACCUUAA